CGCGAGCCAAGCCGGAAGUUGGGCACAGGGCCGUCGCCUCUCGAGAUGGCAGUGCCAGGGUGUGCUCUUGGUGCCCUUGUAUUUCUGCUGCACGUUGGCUCGGUGGCCAGUUACCCCAAUGGAAAAGUAACGAAGUCGUGCCAUCGAAUGACCCCUGAUCACGGGCACCGCCCGCAGCCGGACCCGACCCACCGCGUGGCCGUCAGUCAGACAACGUUCAGGCCGGGAGAUCAGAUUGAAGUGACUUUGUCAGGACGGCCUUUUAGAGGCUUUCUUUUAGAAGCUCGUGAUGCUGAGCGUGUGGAUGGCCCUCCUGUCGGCUCCUUCCUGUUGAACGACAGUCAGGUGUCACAGCUUCUGACUUGCGGGGAUGUGCAGGGCUCCGCUGUGAGUCAUACGAGUGCAUCCAAAAAAUCAGAAAUUAAAGUUUAUUGGAAGGCUCCAAGCAGCGCCCCAAGUCACGUGAGGUUUCUAGCCACGGUAGUUGAGAAGUACAAAAUCUACUGGGUGAGGAUUCCCAGUCAGGUCAUUUCGCAGCCGAACGCACUUCCCCUCACAACGCCUAAAGCUGCAACAGCCCCAGCGCCAACAUCACCUCCUGUCUCCCCGCUCACAGAGCCGUUCAGUGCUUCGGACUGUGGGAAGAAGAAGUUCUGCGUCCGGAGCCCUCUGAACUGCGACCCGGAGCGAGAGCACGCCUGCGUCUUCCUGUCGUUCACCAGGGACGCCCAGUCGGUGCUGGUGGAGAUGAGCGGUCCCGGCGAAGGCUACUUGUCCUUUGCGCUGUCCCGAGACCGAUGGAUGGGUGACGAUGACGCUUACAUGUGCAUCCGUGAAGACGAGGUGGUGCACAUACAGCCUGCCCACCUGACAGGACGAAGUCACCCUGUGAUGGACUCCAGGGGUCCUCUUGAGGAUGUGGCGUGGAGGCUGGUGGACGGUGUCAUGCAGUGUUCUUUCAGAAGAAAGAUUGCCCUUCCUGGGGUUAAGAAUAGAUUUGAUCUAAACACAAGCUACUACAUAUUUCUAGCAGACGGUGCGGCUUCUGAUGGUCUACUUUAUAAGCACUCUCAGCAACCCCUGAUCACGCGUGAGAAACACGACGUGACGGCCUCUCCCGAGGACGUAGGAGGCUCCCGCUCCUCGCUGCUCUUGAAGGUUCACGGUGCCUUGAUGUUUGUGGCCUGGAUGAGCACUGUUAGCAUCGGUGUGCUGAUCGCCCGCUUCUUCAGACCUGUCUGGUCCAAGGCUUUCUUCUUUGGUGAAGCGGUUUGGUUUCAGCUGCACCGGACGCUCAUGCUCACCACGUCUGUGCUCACCUGCAUCGCUUUCGUGCUGCCUUUUGUCUACAGAGGGGGCUGGAGCUGGCAUGCAGGUUACCACCCGUACCUCGGCUGUGCCGUGCUGACCGCAGCUGUGAUGCAGCCUCUGCUGGCAGCCUGCAGGCCGCCUUUCCACGACCCGAGAAGGCGCCUAUUUAACUGGACUCACUGGAGCGUGGGAACGGCCGCUAGAAUAAUAGCGGUGGCAGCAAUGUUCCUAGGGAUGGACUUACCAGGACUGACUCUUCCUGACCCACAGAAAACGUACACGAUGAUUGGAUUUGUCAUCUGGCACACCGGGACUGAGAUUGUUCUGGAGGUACAUGCUUACAGACUCGCUCGAAAAGUUGAAAUAUUGGAUGAUGAUAGAAUUCAGAUCCUUCAGUCAUUCUCUGUAUCUGAAGCAGAGGGCCAUGCUUUUAAAAAGGCGGUAUUGGCAGUUUAUGUCUGCGGGAAUAUGACUUUUCUGAUCAUAUUCUUGUCUGCGAUCAGCCAUCUAUGACCAAGCAAAGACUGUUUGGUUGUCCUGGUGAUAAUUAUCAUCCAAUCAAAGAAACUUGAAGCUUGUCCUGACUCUUUGGAGUAUAUUCAUGAAUUCCAGUUUGGAAGACCGAGUUUGUGUCUGUGCGGGAAUCCUGAUGUCUGGUCUUUAGAGAUAAAAUUCAGUAGGGCCCUAUAGACCAUAAACUGAGUGAAGCUCUGUCUAAUUCUGCAUCUUAAAGGCAAUGUUGUGCUGGACGAAAAAUGACUUUCAAAUAUUCCGUGCCAAGAUUUUAAGAAUGUUAGUGUUUGAGAGAAUAAACAAGAAUGAUCUGGACAGACAAAACAGAUGCCAUGCAAAGGGGUUGUAUUAAGGUUGGAUAUUUUGGACUUCAAAGCUGCUGUAAUACUCUAAAGAAAAUGUUUAUUUUUACUAAUUUAUCUGAAUGAUCUUCAAGUUUUUUAAAAAAGAAACUAUGUUUUUGGGGCAUUUUAUUUGCUCUAUACUUCAAUAUUUCUCUGGUUAAAGACAGGUAGGAUUGAUCCCAUUGUAGAUUUCAUGAACAUUUAUGUAUGUUUCGUAGUAUAAUUUCUUUGAAAGCAGGGAAAUGCAAGUAGGUAUUUCCUGCUUAAAGAUAUUAUUUAUUUACUUAGCUAAAGAGUCAAAAUGGCAUAUAUGUUAAUUGUUUUGUCUGUAAGUUUUGAAUCUUAAAGCCUUUGAACAUUGCAGACCUGUAUUUUAAAAUUAGCAAAACUCACCUUUGUGCUCAUAUGUAACAGAUGUUCUCUUCCCUUGUUGAAAUAAAAUAAUAUGUGUGAUUUUGUUUUGUAAGAA